GUGAAGACUGAGAUUACGCAAUCGUGGAGGAGGAAGAAUCCUGUCGGUGAAUUUGGUAAAGCGAAAAAAAAUUCUUCUGGUUUAUAAAGUCCACGUGGGAUUACAGGAUUCCAGGGGUGACCAAAUUAUCACUGCUACUACUCCUAUAUAUGGUAUCGUUCUAUGUUACUCUAUUUGUGUCAAGCAAUCUUCUUUUGAAGAAAUAUUUCUGCUCAAAAGCUCAAACCAUUCACAUUGAAGUUAACAAACAGUAACAAAUACAGAGAGAAAAAGGGACAAAGAAGAGACAGAUGGAGGAGAACAAAGGAGCAGUUAAGUCAAGGUUCCAAAGGGUUUGUGUUUUCUGUGGAAGCAGUACUGGCAAGAGAAAUUGUUAUCGUGAUGCUGCCCUUGAGCUUGGCCAAGAACUGGUCUCUAGGAAGUUGGAUCUUGUUUAUGGAGGAGGAAGUGUUGGCUUGAUGGGUUUGAUUUCUCAAGAGGUCCAUCGUGGUGGUGGGCGUGUUUUAGGAAUCAUCCCGAAAACUCUGAUGAGCAAGGAGAUAACUGGAGAAACAGUGGGAGAGGUGAAGCCAGUAGCUGACAUGCACCAAAGAAAAGCCGAGAUGGCCCGCCAUUCUGACUGUUUUAUUGCCUUACCAGGUGGAUAUGGAACUCUUGAAGAGUUAUUAGAAGUCAUCACAUGGGCCCAGCUUGGAAUCCACGACAAACCUGUGGGUUUGAUUAAUGUAGAUGGUUACUACAACUCUCUUUUAACCUUCAUCGACAAAGCUGUUGAUGAUGGCUUCAUUAGUCCUUCUCAGAGAAGCAUAAUCGUCUCUGCUCCAAAUGCGAAAGAGCUUGUCCAAAAGCUUGAAGAUUACAUACCUAUGCACGAUGGAGUUGUUGCCAAGGCCAAGUGGGAGGCUGAGCAAGUAGAGCUCAAUACAUCUUUGAAGACAGAGAUUGCUCGUUAAUUAAUUGGGACGAGAACAAAAUUCAGCUCUCUCUCUCUGUGCGUUUGUUUAUUAUAUAUCUCUAGGCUUUUGGAUAGUAUUCUUGAAGGAAUCUAACUAAGGUUUCUCCUUUUCAAUUUUGUAAAUAUUGAUGUAGAAAGGAAGGGGGAAUUCAAUUGAAAGAAGAAGGUUGUUAUUAA